AUGGCGUCCCCAGCCGCAUGUGGCAAUAAAAGUAUCCUACUCAUUGGAUUAACUGUUGUUGUUUUGUCUUUUGUUUGUUUCACUGAUGGAUUUGCUAGCCAGAGGAAGAAAAUUUUGGACCCAAAAAAAACAUACGAUGUGUUGGAAAAACCUGAACCAGCAAAAGAGGAUGAAAAUUACGUAACGUAUUACGACAACGGAACGUGCGGUCUGCCUUAUCAUUUUGUAGAUGAGAGUUUAGUCGAAUACGAAGCAAAAAAUGUAAUUGGCCUAGAUAAAGCUACCAAAGCGAUGAAACUCGGUACAAGUUUUGCCGUCAUUUGGACCUUCAAGACCACAGAAUAUUCGACCACCUUGUUCCGAAUGUUUGACAAUGACCAAAAUUUAUCUUUCCAGGUGAAAUAUGAAUCUCCGAGGAAAAUUGGUGUCUUCUACCGGGAGAAGAAAAAACCAGGGCGUUGGAUAACGAAUAGCAAGCCCACACCUCUUCCACUCAACAGUGACCACUUCCACACGGCCAUGGUUGUUUUCAACAAUGGCGACGUAUCCUUCCACGUGAACUGCUCUCUCGUUGACGAAGUGAAAAUCAAGAAAGGGUACAAAGCCAAUCAGCUGGACAUCGGCUCAAGCUCAUUGUACCAGUUCGGAGGGACUUUAUCAGUGGAGACAGGAGAGAGAUAUGAUACGUUGAACGUAGUUGAACACGGGCCCCAAGGACCGCCUGGACCCAAAGGGGAAACGGGAUAUCCAGGUAGAGAUGGCUUUCCCGGAUCCAUCGGACUUCCAGGUCCUUCCGGUCAUGUCGUCAUCAUUCCCCUAGCCUUGAGAGAUAGUGCGAAGGGACCGUCCUACGAACUUGAAACUCUCAAAAGCAGGAUUGAUAAUCACAUGUUAGCUCUGAACGGAGCUCCAGGAGGGCAGGGAUUCACGGGAUUGCCCGGACAGCCUGGUGACCAGGGACUGCCAGGCACAAGGGGGGAGAUUGGAGAGCAGGGAGAACAAGGACCAUCAGGCCCACGUGGGUCCCCUGGAAUUCCCGGGCCAUCUGGAAAAACUGGAGCUAUUGGAAACACUGGCGAAAGAGGAGCGCCCGGAGUUCAGGGACUGCCUGGUGACGCCGGAUUUGUGGGACCGCAGGGGUUGUGCGGUGUCAAGGGACAGAGGGGUGCCCAAGGACCAGUUGGUCAAACUGGACAAGUUGGAAAAGACGGAGAAAUUGGACACGCUGGGCCACAAGGACCACCCGGACCUCCUGGAGAGCAUGGUCCAAGAGGUUACAUUGGGAGCGCUGGUCCACCCGGAAUUCCAGGACUUCCUGGAGUGCCCGGAUCUGAGGGACCCGCUGGACAGAAAGGAAGUGCUGGACCCAUUGGAUUGCCCGGAAAAGCAGGAUCUAUCGGAUCGCCAGGAGCAGUAGGAUCUCCAGGAUCGCCAGGUCCCAACGGAUUGACGGGACCUCAAGGAGCCGUUGGAAAGCCAGGAAAGCCUGGAAUGCCAGGAAUCGAAGGACCGCAGGGGCUGGAUGGCAUGCAGGGACCAGCCGGGGAGAAGGGAGAGACAGGCCCAGCAGGAAUGAUUGGCGCUCCGGGAUUUGCCGGUGCCCCAGGAGCCAAAGGAGAUAUUGGUCAGAGAGGACCCAGAGGAAACACCGGCGAACAGGGUUAUCCAGGAGUAGAUGGGAUACGAGGAGAGACUGGGCGACCAGGUGAGAAGGGGGAGAAGGGAGACAGGGGAGUGCCCGGAGACCAAGGUCCCAGCGGACCAAAGGGAGCCAUCGGAGGACGUGGCAAGCCCGGUUUGCUUGGCGCCAGAGGAGAGAAGGGUCACCAAGGUGAGGCCGGUUUUCCCGGGGUGCCUGGAGCCCCUGGAGAGAAGGGCAACCGAGGCAACCAGGGAGAUUUUGGAAAAGAAGGAGCCAAAGGAAACAGAGGUCCAGUCGGUCAAGCAGGAGAACGUGGACUUCUCGGACCACAGGGAGCUAGAGGACCACGAGGCAAGGCAGGACCGACAGGCAACCCAGGACCCAAAGGGGACAUUGGCCCUCAAGGUCUGCAGGGGCCUCAAGGAGAGCAAGGAACUCAGGGACCACAGGGACCCGUCGGUUUCCAAGGACCUCAGGGACCAACCGGUCCCCAAGGAAAGGAUGGGGCUGCCGGAUUCCCCGGAGAACGUGGAGAAGCAGGUAUUCCAGGUGCUCCAGGUCAAGUUGGUCCAGUCGGACAAGUCGGACAACCCGGACCCCCAGGAGAGCAUGGACUUCUGGGAGAGAGGGGACAGCAGGGAUAUCCCGGUCCAGCUGGUGUGAGGGGAAGUCCAGGAGAGACAGGAAAGGAAGGACCAGCUGGCCCAGCAGGACUUCUUGGUUUGCCGGGAUCACCCGGUCAGGCAGGUCCAAGAGGAUUCCCAGGAAAGAGAGGACUGCCAGGACUCCAGGGAACAACAGGAUUGAUAGGAGAACCAGGACAGUUCGGCCAUCCAGGUCGCCAGGGAGAGAAGGGGGCAUGGGGUGUUCCAGGAGAGGCCGGCCCGCAAGGAGCUCCCGGCAGACCGGGCCAGCCAGGACCGUACGGGCCAGCCGGAGGGAAGGGAGACACUGGCGAGCCAGGACCCACCGGCAAUCCAGGUAAAGAUGGAGAAGUUGGCCUACCCGGAGCUGAGGGAGCACCAGGACCCGUCGGAAGACCUGGAGUCAUCGGAGAAAAAGGUGAUGUUGGCAAACAUGGAAUGAAAGGAGAGAAGGGAGACGCCGGUGAAUAUGGCCCGCCAGGCUUCCCAGGUGCCCCCGGAGUACCAGGCCCCCAUGGACCUGAUGGACCUCAGGGAGACCAGGGCGAGAGGGGGAUCCCCGGUAUUGCCGGUAUCAAGGGUAACGAGGGACCACGUGGAUUCAGGGGACCAGCGGGUCUUCCUGGAGUUCAGGGCCCACCAGGUGCGCCAGGAAGCAAAGGAGAUCCAGGAGAGACAGGACCUGCUGGAGCCGUGGGACAGACGGGACCAGCCGGACCAACCGGAGCCACAGGAGCACCUGGAGCGCCGGGAGAGCCAGGGCCAGCAGGGCCAGAUGGGAAGCAGGGACAGAGAGGAGACCCAGGACUGGAGGGGGCACCUGGACCUGCUGGCGCCGAUGGAGCCUCUGGACCUCCAGGAGUGGAUGGAGCUAAGGGGGAUGCAGGCCCAACGGGAGCACAGGGCCCGCCAGGACCCGCUGGUGCCAGAGGAAAAGUCGGAGGAAAGGGUGAUCCAGGUCAGGUUGGAUUCCCAGGAGUUCCUGGACAUGCUGGUUCUCCAGGAGAAAAAGGUGAACCAGGUGCUCCGGGAAGAGCCGGCAAGCCCCAGAAACUUGGCAAGCCCGGUCCCGUUGGCAUCGCAGGAGACCCUGGACCGCCCGGACCUGCCGGGAAAGAAGGACCACCAGGGCCUCAAGGUCCACAGGGAGAGAAUGGACCAGUCGGGCCGAAGGGUGAUCGAGGAGAGACAGGGUUGGCCGGAGAGAGGGGACCGGAUGGAGCCGAAGGUACCCCAGGUAGAGUGGGGCCCAGAGGUGAAAAGGGCCAGCCAGGAGCCAUGGGUGAGCCAGGAAGCACAGGAGUACCUGGAGCUGCUGGAAAAGAAGGACCAGCUGGCCCGCUUGGACCAGCCGGCCCCAAAGGAGAUCAGGGGAAGAGGGGCGAUAGGGGUCACCAAGGUACACUGGGGCCCACAGGCCUACCGGGUCCGGUUGGACAGAAGGGAGACAUCGGGCCGAGUGGACUUGAGGGAACAGCCGGAGAGAAGGGGGUCCAGGGUGCCGAUGGAAUUGUCGGACAAAAAGGAGAUCCAGGAGAGCUUGGACCUCCCGGACCUCCAGGACCUCCAGGAGCACCGGGACCUGCAGAAGACGACUUCGAAGCCAUCCAGUACUUCUUCGGUCACGACUACACAGACUUGGAAGAUGAGGACGAAGAUGAAGAUGACGAAGAAAACGGCGAUGAAGACGACGAUGACGACGAAACUCAAGACACCGAGCCACUCAAAGAAGGAGAAGCCAUCAGAAGCAAAAGGUCCGUCAAUGGCAAGCAGCAACGUGCAAGACAGAGAAGGUCUACCACUGAAGCUCCCACCACCACUUCAACAACCACAGAAGCACCAAGCUCCAGAAGUAAAGACAGACUCACUGAAGAGAAAAAAAUUACUCUGGCAGCUGCCCAAGUAUUAAAUGUUGUUGUCGAUUUACGCGAAGAAAUCAAAGCUUAUAAAGAGCCAACUGGAACCAAGGCUCAACCUGCCAGGUCUUGCAGGGACAUCAAACUUGUUAGACCUGACAGCGAAGAUGGUUGGUACUGGGUGGAUCCAGAUCUGGGCAACCCCAACAACGCCAUUCAUGUCUACUGCAACAUGUCGACCAACGGACAAACCUGCGUGUACCCACAGACACCAUCCGUACCAACUCAGUUCUUCCCAAAAGACGAAUCAGAAGACAAGUGGUUUAGCGAACUUCCUGGUGGACAUAUGUUGAAGUAUGCCGACGAUGUACAAAUGACUUUCCUACGUCUCCUCUACACAAAAGCCCAACAGAAGUUCACAUUUAAAUGCGAGAAGACAGUAGCCUGGUACGACAGUGCCAAUAAGAACCACGGUAGCGCCAUUGCUCUGCUCGGGGACAACGAGGACGAACUAGAGACAAAGAACUUCGACAGGUCCGCCGUCGUUGAUGACGGUUGCAAAAGCCGAGACUCAAGUGGCUCAACAGUUUUCAACUACGUAACAAGCAAAACGAGCCAACUCCCUAUAGUGGAUUUCAAGCCGAAGGAUUACGGAAAACCCCAACAGCAAUUUGGGUUCGAACUCGGACCAGUAUGCUUUGGUUGAUGUUUCGUUGUCUCUUUUACAGCAAUCAAUAAUGUGAUUUAGUUAAUGUAAGAAUUUGUUGAUAGAAACUAUGGUAACAAUCAAUAUGAAAAGCGGUUUUCAUUUUUUUUAAAUUAAAUCAAAUCACUGGUAUGGUCAGAACGAUCGUCGAAACACAACGUGCAUGAAAUAAAGAUUCGUCUCAUUAUCACUCAAUAUUAUCUUUAUUACUUAUAAAUCAUUAUUAUUGUGGAAUUUAUUACAAUCCAAAUGUCAAAUAUAUGGUUGGUUAAUAAAAGAUUGAAUGAAAGAAAGAAAUGCAAUAAACAUGUUUUAUAUUUCUCACAAUUUUUAUUCUGUUACAAGUAAUAUAUGCAUUAAAAAAUUCUUUCAACUGACAACAAAAAAGAAAAAACGUUAAAAGAAAUUCAUAAGACUGCUUGGUUGGUAACAACGGGCUCAAUUACAUUGUCUGACACAUUCAAACACCAUUUUUUGGCUUCUUCAAUGAAACUUGCAAUGGCUUUUCAGCAAAGGUAACACCAUUGAGCUGCUGAAUGGCGUAGAGAGCUUCUUGGUAAUCAAACAUAGUCACAAAUCCAUAAUUCUUGCCUCUAUUUUUAUCUUUAUCUUGCACGACUGCAAUCUUCUUGAUGGCCCCAUAUGGUUGGAAAAGUUGCCAGAGAGAUCUUUCAUCUGCCUCUGUACCAAUGUUAUAGACAAACAGAACGUAUUCAUUGUUGUUAGGGAAAGCUGCAGAAAUGUCUCCAACCUGUCCAUUGAUAGGAUUAGUACCUGAAAUGGUGUAAGUCGAUAAAGGAUUAUAACGUUGAUUGAUGGUGUUUGAUCUCAACGGACCUCCUCCGAAUACUCCUUGGUAACCAACUCCAAAGUUAUUUAUCGUCGAAACUUGUUGGCGGCCUAGAACAGAUGAAGCAACAGCUGUUUGCAAUCUGGCCCUCUGUUGCUGAGCUAGUGCCAGACCUGCGGGUUGGAUGACUGAAUUAUUUCUUAGUGAACCUGGGACUAUUCCCAACAUCAGGGCGUGUUGUUGCAUUUUUUGGGCUUUGUUAUCUUCAGCGAAUUUAACAGAAAGUGCUUGAGUGUAACCCUGCGGUGCUUUCCCAUUCAUAUUUUCAACUGCAUGUGUUGCCUCAUCUCGAGUGUUGAACAAUACAAACCCAACGCCUCGUGACAUGCCAGUGUGUUGAUCCAGGAGAACACGGGCUGAGAUUAUGUUACCAAACGGACUGAACAGCCUUUCUAAAUCAUUGUUAUCAAAAUUUUUGGGAAGAUACUUGAUGUAAACAUUGGCUCCCUUUAUGUUUUCGCCUUGUCUGGCAUAUGCUACCUUGAUGCGUUUGUUCUGAAGAGUUAGACCAUCUAACGCCUCUAUUGCUUUUGCUGAAUCACUUUCAUCAAUGUACUCAACAAAUCCGAAUCCAUAGCUUAUAUGGGUUGACUUGUCUCUGAUAAUUUUGCACGACUUAACGGGACCAACGCGACUAAACAGUGAUGCAAACUCUUCAUCGGUGAGGUUCUGCGGCAGAAAAUUGACAAUUAAAUUGUAAGGACUGUAUUUCUGUUCCAUUGAAAUGUUCAUUGAUGUUGAUGAUGAUAAUAAUAAUCAAAAUAGUAAAUAAAUUGACGUAAGAUGGUUCCUUGUUCAAUUGGCUGAUCUUCAUUGUUUUGAGUAAAAUAAAUAAAUAAAAAUAAAUAAAUAAAGUAAAAUAAUAAUUAAUAAAUAAAUGGGUGAUAUUAAUGGAAAAAAAA